AUGCCAGACCACUCACGCGCAUCGUCACCUGGUGCUGUUGCUUCUGCUGCUGCUGGUGGUGGUGGUGGUGUCGCCUCCCACAUCUCUGCAGCAACGAGUGAUGGCGCCAACUCUUCAAACGCCUCGAGACGCUCGGGCGGCUGCUCGCAAUCCAACAGCUUCACUGGAACUCGGGCCGGAGCAGCAGGAGCAGUAUCAACGAGGCGUCGCUUCUCUUCCCCCUCUUUACCCUUUCCUUUUUGGGGGCACUGGAGAUGUCGCAUCAGCUCAUCGUCGCUCAGUGGCGAAGGCAUCCAUUUUGCCAGCACUGCCUCACGGUUGUACGAAUCCAAAUCGGCAAAGAGCUCCUGCAGGCGUUCGUACCUGUUGGAAAUCGGCACAUCAUUGGCUACCUGCUCGCGCGCUUCCGUCUCAUCUCUUGCUGUUAUGGCAUGGGCUACUGCACUAGCAUUCGGCACUUCUACCUCAUCCGCAGUAGCGGACUGGCUGGACAUUGCUGAGAUAACCAUCGGUGUCGCGUCGCCCGCAGCACAAGACGUAACAACUGGUGCCUCCCCAACACCGCAUGGCAUCACAUCAUCCGCAUCCGUUGAUACCGAUUCCGAUGCUGCUUCUGCUCUCGCCUCAUCGGAAACAGGCAAUCCUGCUGGCUCGUGCAACUCCCCCGCGCCUGUGAUGAGCUUGCCGUCUUCGUCAAGGUGGUACUGCCGGUGCAGGGCGCGAAACAGCUCCUCCUCGUCCACGUCCAGGUCGAGGGCGCAUUGCACCUUCGCCUUCACAUUCAGCGGGCUGUGCCUCUCGUAA